GCAUGGGAUGCGCCCGGAGGGCGGUGAGUGAGGCCCGAGUGCAGCCAUGGACCCUAUACGGGCAACAGACCCCUCAGCGCCCCCAGGCCCUUUGACUCACCUGAGCCUGCCGGACAGCUCGGAGGCGCGGCCGCAGAGCGGAGCCGACGGGCGGAGCCUCCCGGGCAAUUGGACCAGGUCCUCCCCAGAGCGCGUCCCGGUGCUGAGGGAAGGCGUGCGCCAGUGCCUGCAGCAACGGUGUGAGCAGACAGUGCGGAUCCUGCACGCCAAAGUGGCCCAGAAGUCCUACGGAAAUGAGAAGCGGUUCUUCUGCCCCCCGCCCUGUGUCUACCUCGCAGGUCCCGGCUGGAGGGUGAAGCCAGUGCAGGGCCAAGCCCACCAGGCAGCGGAAACCGGGCCCACGGUCUGCGGUUACAUGGGACUGGACGGCGCGUCCGGCAGCGCCGCCGAGACGCAAAAGUUGAAUUUUGAAGAGCAGCCGGACUCCAGGGAAUUCGGUUGCGCCAAGACCCUGUACAUCUCGGACGCAGACAAGAGAAAGCACUUCCGGCUCGUGCUGCGGCUGGUGCACCGAGGGGGCCGAGAGCUGGGCACCUUCCACAGCCGCCUCAUCAAGGUCAUCUCGAAGCCCUCGCAGAAGAAGCAGUCGCUGAAAAACACCGACCUGUGCAUAUCCUCGGGCUCAAAGGUCUCCCUCUUCAACCGCCUGCGCUCCCAGACAGUGUCCACGCGCUACCUCUCUGUGGAGGACGGGGCGUUCGUGGCCAGUGCGCGCCAGUGGGCUGCCUUCACGCUCCACCUGGCUGAUGAACACUGUUCCCAGGGGGACUUCCCGCCUCGAGAGGGCUACGUCCGCUAUGGCUCCCUAGUGCGACUUGUCUGCACUGUCACAGGCGUCACACUACCUCCAAUGAUCAUCCGCAAAGUAGCCAAGCAGUGCGCGCUCCUCGACGUGGACGAGCCCAUCUCCCAACUGCACAAGUGUGCAUUCCAGUUUCCUGGUGAUCCUCCCGGAGGGGUUGGCACUUACUUAUGCCUGGCUACAGACAAGGUGGUGCAAUUCCAGGCCUCCCCCUGCCCCAAGGAGGCAAACAGGGCGCUACUCAACGACAGCUCUUGCUGGACCAUCAUCGGCACUGAGUCGGUGGAGUUCUCCUUCAGCACCAGCCUGGCGUGGACCCGGGAGCCAGUCACUCCGGUGCCCCUCAUCAGCACCCUGGAGCUGAGCGGUGGGGGCGACGUGGCCACGCUGGAACUCCACGGUGAGAACUUCCACGCGGGGCUCAAGGUGUGGUUCGGGGACGUGGAGGCCGAAACCAUGUACAGGAGCCCGCGGUCCCUGGUGUGCGUGGCGCCCGACAUAGCCGCCUUCGGCAGCGACUGGCGCUGGCUGCGCACACCCAUCACUGUGCCCGUGAGCCUGGUGCGCGCCGACGGCCUCUUCUACCCCAGCGCCUUCUCCUUCACCUACACCCCGGAGUACAGUGCGCGGCCCCGGCCCCCGGGCGACCCUGAGCCCGCUCCGGACGCCGACGCGCUCCUCGAGAGCAUCCACCACGAGUUCACGCGCACCAACUUCCACCUCUUCAUCCAGACUUAG